AUGGCCGAGGGUGAACGGUCUGGUCGUGGCGAGGCGGAGAUCUAUGACGACGCGGUCUGGACCGACGGUGACUUCGAGGUCAUCACCACUGCCGACAAUGUGCGCUUCCGCGUCCCGAGCUUCCACCUCUUCAGCUCGAGCGCCGUGCUCCGCAAUGCCCACAGCGUUGCCAAUGGUGCCAAGUGCAAGAUCACCUUUACCGACCCAGAUUGCGAGACCGCCGACAUCUUCCGCCUGUUCCUUGGUCUCGCCAGCAAAGGCCGUCUCCUUGCCGCAUGGACCCUCGAUCCUGUCCGGCAGCUGGUGAUGUUCCUCGACAAGUACGAGUGCAUUCAGGCCCGCCGUCUCUUUUCUUCGAGAUUUGAGAUCGAGAUUCGGCGUAGCGGCACACGCGCCCAUGACCUCUUCCUCGUUGCAGCAGCCAUCGGCGACACCUCACUCUGUCGUCUCAUCCUGACGAGGCAGGCAAAGCAAGUCUGGGGCAAGCCCAGGGAAGGGACGAAGGCCAAACCUCUGGACGGCACCCCGGGAUGGUGCGUCUGGGACUGCCGGCACUGGCCCUCGUCGACGUGGAACUGUGGUGUUCCUAACAAAUACCUGUUCGCGCUCGCGCGAGCCUUCGGGCAGGGAGGAAGUUCCAAACCGUUGGCCGACGAGUUUGAGCGCUAUCUCGGGCUGGUCGAGAGUAGCAACGCUCUUUGA